AAAUACAGACUAGAACACAGACUAGCACUUUCGAUGAAAACAAACUAGCGGAAGAAAGAAAAGAUGGCGACUCCCGGGGACCUCCGAUCGCCGCUAGAUAGUGUGCUGAAUUUUGUGCCUCAGGGCCAUGAAAAGCACCUCAAACAAGCUUUUUACAAUGCCGCUACUUUUCUUCUGAUAGCUGUCUUAGGAGCUGCGGUUGUUGCAGUUUAUUAUGUUUUCGAAAUCUUCAUCAAACCUCUGAUGUGGGCGAUGUUAUGCGGCACGGUAUUGUACCCGUUCAAGUAUACCCUUCAAAGCACUGCAGCCGGCUGGCUUCAGGGGCUGGAAGACUCCAGUACUCCGCUGAUGGUCGGGGCUGUCGCUAUCCCGCUGACUUUCCUGAAUUUUGCUUCUGAGCAGCUGGGAAGUUUGAUUUCUCGGCGAUACAAGACGCUCAUCGCCGUCGGGGCGGGCUUCCCUGCAGCCUACCUCGUCUAUUGGUUUAUUGAUUACAUUUUUCCUGCAGUGAAAUUGUUUUUCACCACCUUGUACAAUGGCUUGGACAUUUUCAGUACUUUGUGGGUAUGGACCAUCAUCAUUGCGUACAUUGUGGCUCUUAUUUUCUGGUGGACACCCCAGUCUAGUUCCCUUCUCACCACCCUAUCAGUGCCAGUAUGGAUUCUUCUCCUUCUCCAUCUCUCUACUGUGGCUGGCUGGUAUCGUAUCCCCAUCUUCUUCCUUUUCGUCAUCCUGGUUGCCCUGGGUUACACAACUCAUCGCAAGGAGCAGAUUGCAAGGGAAAGUAUGUCAAGUAGUGACCUGGACUCAUCUUCCACUGCUGGAGAUCAGUCAGAGACUGCUCCACAGAGUACCUCAACCCCUGAACCAGGAGCUGAUGAUGCUGCUGACACUGGGCGCCCUGCUCGCCUGGACCUCCCACCCCUCAACAUCCCCGCAGCAACCUCCACCCCCCAUACAGGAGGAGGGGGAGGCUCUCGCCGUCGAAGGGUCAGGUCAGAGUCAGAGGAGGUCAGCGGACAGAGUGUGCGCUACAUCUAUGGGGUCAUCUGGGCCUGUGUGGUCCUUAGGCUCUGGAUUCACAUGGGGCUCAUCUUAAAGCUGGUUCCUAUCUUUCUUGGUUUCUGGCUCAUCAAGAAGAUUAUGCAACAUGUUGGAGCAUGGGAUCUGGUUAAAUACAGGUGUAGGUGUGUUAAUGAAGCUAUUGCUGGGAGAAUGGAUGCUCUGAUCCCAUCCUAUGUCAGGGGAUUAGCUAGCCUCUUUCUGGCUGGGGAUCGUAAGGUGAUUGGCUGGUUGAAGAACUCUCUUGAUAUGGUGAUCAGUAUCUUCAUCAUCCUAGCAAUGUUUGUUGCAAUGAUAUCACUCACUGUCAUGAUGGCUGUACAGAUCCAGUCUGAGAGUAUGACCUUGAUACAGGUCACAGGAGAUCUAGUCAAUGAUACAGUAUCACAACAUCCUGAACUACAAGAAUGGCUCCCUGAAACAGAUGAGAUGCAUGAAGCAAUGAGUUCAAUGUUGAACAAUGCUUAUUUAUAUGGGCGAGAAUGGCUUGCUGAACAGAUACGGAGUACUAUUGGUGGUGACAGUGAGAAUAUAGAAAAGCAAGUUCUUGAGAUUUGGGAUCAGCUUUAUGUGCAGUGGGUUGUAAAGAAUGGAACAGAAGAGGGCUCUCAUCUGGUUGAUUCUCAUGAAUCGUUAUCUCUGAGAAGUAAUGUUAAUCUAUCAAUGGACAGUGUCUAUGACAUGCUGGGGAAGUUUGAUGAUAUAGAUGUGUCUGGAUUCAUGACUACUUUCCAUGAGAACAUAGAGACUGUCAAAUCGGUGCUAGAGUCUGUAUGGCUGGUGUUGAAAGGCAAUAUGAACCUGAUUGCAUCACUCUUCACUACAAUCCUCUACAUGAUACUAGAAGGAGGAACAGCCAUUCUCAAUUUCAUCAUCUCCUUUGUGGUGUUCAUGACAACAUUAUUCUACCUGCUGAGUUUCAGUGACAAGCAGUACCUUCCUAUGAAAUGGAUCUCAAGUCUUACCCCUGGCAAUGAUUCUACAUCCAGCAAGUAUGGACAAGCUGUAGAGAAUUCAAUCAGGGGUGUGUUUGGUGCCUCGAUCAAGAUGUCAACCUUCUAUGGUCUGUACACAUGGCUAACACAUACCAUCUUUGGGCUACAGAUUGUAUAUGUGCCAUCAGCCCUGGCAGCUCUCUUUGGUGCUAUCCCAUUUGUGGGAACUUACUGGGCUGCUGUACCAGGGGUCAUUGAACUAUUAGUUCAUGGUGAGAAGGUGCUAGCUGUCAUGCUCUUCGUUGUUCAGAUGCUUCCUAUGUAUGUAGUGGAUACUGCUAUCUACAGUGAUAUCAAAGGUGGUGGUCACCCCUACUUGACAGGCCUGGCUGUGGCAGGAGGGAUCUACUGCUACGGGCUCGAGGGGGCUAUCAUUGGACCUAUCCUGCUCUGUGUCCUCUUGGUAGCAGUCAAUAUCUUUAGCACCAUGAUGCAGGGUACAAGAGGGCUACCGGCUACCCCUGCCUUACUUGGGUUGCAAUCACAGCCAAGAGAGAGGAGAUUGAGGUUUGAAAGCCCAGACUGAGAACCAGUAGUCAAAUGAGAUCUGAUUCUGGAUAGUUCACUGAAAAAACAGAAAUCUCUUCUCUGUGCUAAGCUUUCAUUUUGUAUACUUCAGGGGGUUAUUUUUCUAAUAAUGUGCAAAGUAGUUUUCUUUUUAGAUUUGCCUGUUAGUUUCAGUGCAAUUUUAUAGGAAUGGGAUUUGAUGUUGAUGUUGAUUGCUGUUUUGCAUGCUGAAUUCUAAAUUGUGUGAUUAUGUCUUGCCAAUUUUACUGUCACUAUUUUCUUGUUAUUUUACUGCCAUUUUUUUAUCUAAAAUUAGAAUUCAGAAACUAGACUAAUUGGCACAAAAUACAGUCAUUAUUGUGAAAUUUGAUGGAAUCUUGUAAAUUAACCUUAAUCAGGUUUUUGAAGAAAAAAAAAGUCAAAUUGCUGGUAUUCUACUUAGUAUUAACUUUAUUUUUGUGAUAUUUAAGUGCAACUAGUAUUACCUACUUGAACAUUAAUGUUGCAGAAUUAAUUUUUGAAAACUGAUGAUUCCUUUCUUUUUUAUGGAUUUUUAAUUCAAAUCAUAACAACAUUCAACAUACUCUGUAAUGUAAUGAAAUCAGAACAUCUUUUUCAAAACAAAAUAAUAAAUUAUACAUUUAAUAGAACCAAAUACUUGCACAGAAGGAGCAAUGGGAGGGGAAUAGUAGGGGUAAGUAGAAUAGUAGAUGUAAAAUCUAAAUUUAUCAUUUUGCAACUAUUACUACACUUUGUAAUUUGAGGGAACCACAUUGAAUGUUUUUUAUAUGAAGUACUGCCAUGUGAAUUGUGCUUCGACUUAUAUGUGUGUAUGGAUUCAUGUGAAGUACUAAAACCUUAAUAUUAGUUACAGGGUAUGUGAUAACAAUUCUAAUGAAAUUGGACUUCAUUAUUUUACCCUACCUUGACUUGCUGUAAGUGGUUUCAUGUUUUCUUAAUAAUAGGUCCAUUUAUAUAGCACAGCUAAUAUAUGAAUAUACUCUACUCCGCUUUAUACAAAGUAUCAUAUUAGUACACAGGCCCCCAUACGGUAAUCAGGUACUAAGGCAUCCAGGGAAUGUUUUCCUAAUGGGUACCCAUUUACUUCACCUGGGUGGAGAGUGGCAAAUGUAGAUUAAUGUCUUGCCAAAGGACGUUAGUGCUGCAGUAGGACUCGAACCCUAACCCUGUGAUCCACAGUCCAGUGACGUGUCCACUAGACCAUGACACCUCUACUCCUUCCUUCUUUCUUUUACAUACAUGUAAGUUUACCAUGGCCUAUAUCAUGAAUAUUUGAAUAGGUUGCAAUAACAACAGAAAAUAGAUCCUAGAAUUUUCUCCAUUUUCUGAGAGCAAAUAUAAGACUGCAAAAACAUACUUACACAAAUACAUUUCUGAGGUCUUUUUUUUACCCUGAAGUUCUGGAAGUACUUGACAAUUUUUAUAAAGCAAAUAGUUGUUCAAGUCUAAAUCAUCUAUGUAGUAUAUUAUCAAACACUGUGCAAUGUUGUAGUUUCGAAAUGCAUAUUUUUAAUAUGAUAAUCCCCCCACUAAGAAGUGCUAUAUAUCUUUUUCUUUCUUUAAAGUAUGUGUAUUUGUGUAUAUAUGUCUGACUGCUCAUUGGCCAAGGGAAUAUUGUACAUAGCUCAUUCUUGCUUCCUUGUUAAUACAAUUUCUCUUUUCUUUAGCGGUAAUAUUUAGAUAUUGAAAUGUCAGUAAAUAUAGCGUAGUUUUAGUUCAUUGAUGUGUUUUCUCUUUUUACAUUAUGUAUUUCUUCAUCAAAUAAUGACAGUAUUUUUUUCUAAAUUUCAUUGUAAAUGAACCAGAGAAAUUUCCAGUGAGAUUUUCACUGGCACACCUCAAUAUUUGCAUGAGCAGUGAGAGAUAAACUCAUCAGUGUGGUACAUAUCAACAGCUUGGAAACCUUUGAAUAGUUUGAAAAAAUCAAGGAACUUUAAACAACUCAAUUUGAAACUGUGUAAUAUGUGUAUGUAUUGUGUGAUUAUUAUACUGAAAUCAUGUAUUGAAAUUUGUUGAGUUGAUUGGUUAAAUUAAGAUGAUUUAUUGGUUUUUAAAAGGAAGAGGAAAAUUUAACUUUUAAGAUUACCAGUACAAAACAUUUGCAGUGAUAAAUUUACAUAUUCACAAACUAA